AUGGCUGCCCUUCCCACUUUGCUUCAGUUUUACAUGUCCAUGCCACCGGUGACCAGAGCCUACACCACCGCCUGCGUGCUCACCACACUCGCCGUGCAACUGGAACUGGUGACGCCCUUCCAGCUGUACUUUAAUCCGUACCUGAUAUUCCAGAAGUUUCAAUUAUGGCGCCUCUUGACCACCUUUCUAUUCUUCGGCUCAUUCGGCUUCAACUUUAUGUUCAAUCUCAUCUUUACCUAUCGAUACUGUGCAAUGCUCGAGGAAGGGGCUUUUCGCACUAGGACAGCUGAUUUUUUCUACAUGUUUCUCAUUGGUGGCUUCCUCAUGUGUUUAAUGGGCUUUUUCGUCAACUUGCUCUUUCUCGGACAUGCGUUCACCAUAAUGCUGGUGUACAUCUGGAGCCGACAGAAUGAAACCGUUAUGAUGAACUUUUUCGGCCUUUUCAACUUUCACGCGCCGUACUUGCCGUGGGUUCUUCUAGGCUUCUCCUUUGUGCUCGGCAACUCAGUGCUGAUCGACCUGCUGGGCAUUGCAGUGGGACAUAUCUACUUCUACCUGGAGAACGUCUGUCCGGCCAAGUUUGGCUUCAGACUGCUGAAGACGCCUCGAUUUAUGUAA